AUGCAAGGGUUGAACCCCAACUUCGCUUCCCACGAGCUAAACAUCAAGGAGGGGUUUCGCCCUAUCAAGCAAAAGCUUAGGCAUCAGGGUCCCGAGAGGAACGCCGCUGCCGCAGAAGAAGUGAAGAAGCUAUUAGAGGCAGGAAUCAUUGAAGAAUGCCAAUACACUGAGUGGUUAGCUAAUGUGGUCUUGGUGAAGAAGGCCAGCGGCGCUUGGCGCAUGUGCGUCGACUUCACAGACCUCAACAAAGCAUGUCCUAAAGAAACCAUCCCCUCCCGAAAAUUGACAGAAGAUAUCGAAGUAAGGGAGUCGUGGGAGCUACAGGUAGAUGGCUCUGCGACCAAGUCGGGAAGUGGAGCUGGACUGGUCAUCCUACCCUCUAUCGGGGACAAAAUGGAAUAUGCUGUGAAAUUUGACUUCCUUGCCUCAAACAACGAGGCCGAGUAUGAAGCGCUCAUUCUGGGCCUACAAAUUUGUAUCACCUCGGGAGCCCAGAACAUACUAGCAAAAUCCGACUCCCAACUAAUAGUGGGGCAGGUCUCGGGCGAGUAUGAAGCUAAGGAAGACAACAUGAGGAUGUACCUCAACAAGACCCGACAGCUCAUUCAGAAGCUAACUUCCUUCAAAAUCCAGCAUUUCCCCAGGUCCGAGAAUCAACAGGCUGAUGCCCUUGCUCGUAUGGCUAGCUCAGCGGAAGGGUUAGCCCCCGCAGCAUAA